CAGUGAGUCGGCGUUAGUCGACGUGGUAUUGUGCCUUAUGAAAGUGUAGUGUCGUUAAUAUUAUAAUCAUGCCCCAACCGGAGAGCGAUGGCUGCCAGGAGAUCGCCCCCAUCAGGGAGUGGCUGGUCAAGCAGCCGCAUCUACCACAUGACAUCGACGACAUCCUCCUCAAGCGGUUCUAUGCAUCAUGCAACAAGAGCACGGAGCGUGCUAAGAAGACCCUGGACUUGUUCUUCACGAUCCGAUCAUCGGCACCUGAACUGUUCAGCCGCCGAGACCCCAUGUCGCCGGAGAUACAGAGGGUGUUUGAUAUCACAGACAUGAUGCCUCUUCCAAACAAAACUAAGGAAAACUACAGGGUGUUCCUCUACCGCCUCAACAACCCGGACUACGAUCUCUUUAACUUCAUAGAUGGCAUCAAGACGUUUUUCAUGCUGGCCGACACUCGGCUCACGGAGGAAACAGACAUACCUUCGGGGGAAAUACCCAUAUUUGACACCAUGAAUAUCAACCUCAAGUUCAUGAGCAAAAUCAACUUACCCGUACUGAGGAAGUACAUGCUGUAUACUCAAGAAGCUCUUCCUAUCAGAUUAAAGCAGGUGCACAUUAUCAACGCUCCAUCCUACGUCCAAAAGAUGUACGCGAUGUGCAAACCUUUCAUCAAACCUGAAGUUGCUGAAAUGAUAAAAUUCCACGAGCCCGACUCUGAUACUCUGUACACGGAUGUGCCCAAGGAGCUGCUGCCCAAGGAGUACGGCGGUCAGGCCGGCACUGUUGACGAUAUCAAGCAGUACUGGAUUAAGAGGAUUGAGGCUAAGAGAGAGUGGUUCCUAAAGAACGACGAAAAAUGGGCAGUGAACGAAGAGCUGCGGCCCAAGGAGUGUAUGGACGACCGCGCCGACCAGAUCAAAGGCCUACCUGGCUCCUUCCGGUCGCUGGCGUUCGAUUGAGUGUGAUGAAUAAUUCAUCACACUCAAUCAAUUGAUAUAAAUAUGUUAUAAUAUUUUAUACAUGGAAUUUCAUAUUAACAAUUCCGCGCCUAGACAUGGCCCAGUAGUAAGAAUAAAGAAAGCCCAUAAAGUUAAUAUACCUAGCGGA